AUGGCGGCAGGUUCUUCAAGCUCGUGCUCUCUGCUGCUUCUGCUGGUGGCGGCGGCGGUGCUGUCGUCGUCGUUGCCCUACGCCGCCAACGCCGGCGGCUCGUCUCGCCACCUCACCGCUGGCUUCAGCCGUGUCAAGCUGAACGAGUCGCAGUUCGUGGUGCAGAAGCCCUACGACCUGCCGCUCCACGACCGGUACGACCCGUGCGGUGGCGUCCGCCGCUUCUGGGUCUUCGCCACCGACAAGCCCAUCAACUCCACCCGCCCUGGCUACCCGCGCACUGAGAUCAAAGUUGAUAAGGUGUACAGCUCCGGCGUGUGGCAGUUCGAGGGCGACGUGUACGUGCCAUGGGGCACGUCGGGCGCGUCGGUGAUGCAGAUCUUCGGCGCCAACAAGCCACACGCGUCGACGGUGAUGCUGCCGGUCUACGACGGCAAGCUCACCUACUACCACAACGUGACCAAGGUGUUGGCGGACCGCGUGUACGACCGGUGGAUGCGUCUCAACGUGGUGCACGACGUCGCGGCCGGGAACGUCGCCGUGUUCGUCGACGGCGAGAGGCGGCUGGAUGUCCGAGGCCACGGCGGGAAGGAGCACUACUUCAAGUUCGGCGUGUACACGCAGGGGCUCCAUAACCAUUCGCACCGCAUGGAGGCGCACUGGAAGAACGUCGCCAUCUAUACCAAGCCGUGA